UGGUGUGUCAAAGCCUUGCGGUAACAAAAGAAGCCCUCACAAGAUGCUAAUGCUGACCUGUUUGCUGUUGGCCUGUGUGUCAUCGUGGUGCUCCACUGAGGCCCAGACUUCCUACAUCUCUCCUCCUGUCCCAGAGAGAGCUCAUUUUGCGGAGUCGUUUGACUCUGGUCCUCUGGACAGGAGGUGGGUUCGUUCCCAGGCUGUCAGAGAGGAGGAUACCGUCUCUCUCUUGUAUGAUGGGGACUGGGCCAUAGAGGAGCGAGAGGCAGAAAUGCACCCUGGGAACAAAGCUCUGGUGAUGAAGUCAUCUGGGAGACACCACGCUGUUGCUGCCUACUUACACACACCCUUCCACUUCAGAAACUCACCGCUCUGCCUGCAGUACGAGGUGAUGUUUAUGGAAGGGGUAGAGUGUAGUGGAGCGUACAUCAAGCUGUUGUCUCUCUCUGAUCAACUCAGACUGAGCCAGUUCAGUGAUGUCACUCCCUACUCUGUCAUGUUUGGACCUGACAUGUGCGGCGGCAACCACAAAAUGCACCUCAUCGUCACGGUAACAGAUCCUCGCACGGGCCAACGGCAGCAGAGACACGCCCCUCAGCCCGACGGCGACCUGAAGGGCUAUUUCACGGAUCGCAAAUCCCACCUCUACACUCUCCGUCUCUUCCCAGAUGGCAAAUAUGAGAUUCUCAUUGACCUGUCACUUAUCAGUGAGGGAAUCCUUCAAACAGACAUGGACCACCCCUCAGAAUUUCCUCAAAGCCAAUCAAUACCCAACAUUAAGCCACCCAGCCAAUCAGAGGGUCUGGGCCUUGGUUCUGUGGAGGCGCUGGGUCUGGAGCUAUGGUCUCUGAGGGGGCAAGUGAUGUUUGACAACAUCCUGUUGUGCAGCAAUUUGGAGUUAGCUCAACAAUGGACACAGGAUACUUGGGAAAAAAGAUAUAUGCCCAGUCUCCUGGAGCGCCUCCUGUUGGCCACGGCCGCGCGCCCAUGGCUCUGGGGCGUCUACGUCUUCACCGUCGGCCUUCCCACCAUCCUCUUCAUCAGCUUCAUGUGGCCCGACAAGAGAUUUGGCCCCCCUGACCAGGACUACUACUAUAAGAAGUCAGAUGAGCUGCAACCAGAUGAUCCCCAAGACUCUGAACUACCCAGAAGCCCUCAGGAAUAUGGAUCAGUGAGAGGAGCAGUAGCCAGGAAGAGAGAUUCUCAGAGGGCUCAGAAAAAAUCUGACCUGGAGCUAAAAGCUCGGUGAGCAGACUAUCUCCAAGUAAUUCAAGAGGUGACUUCCAAGCUGCACGGUUACAGUAUUCAAAAGCUGUGAUAGAGUAUGUGUGUGUAUAUACUGUAUGUGUAAAGAGAUGAGUCAAAUUCUUUGUUUUUAUCAUUAAAAUCCUUGAGACAAUCGAUACAAUUCCAAUAACAAUCCAGUUAUUAAGUUGUUAUCCUAAAAACUCUCUAAACGUCCUAAAUCUGGAGUUCGUUCAUGGGUACCAUCCAAACAAUCAUGAAUUACUCCAAAUUGCAAAGAAACAUUUUGAUAAGGAAUGCUUUAUUAUUGGUUGGCUUAUCUGACAACAUGUUUACAGUUAGAGACUUAUGGUUUGACUGGAAAUGAAGUGUGUCAACAUGCAUUUACAUGCCCUUUGCACGUUUAUUGGUGUUUGUCACUUGAUUAUGGAUAGCAUGGCAACUUUUUGAUUGACAUUGUACAGUCUAACAAUCUAUGUAAAAUAAAUUCCCAUUUGGAGCAGCCAAUGGGUGAAUGC